CAACAUGUGAAUUUUCCUCAUAAAAAUUGGCCUUUUAUAUUCUAAUUUCUAUAAUUCUUAAAAGAGCAUGCAGCUAAUGGGCGCACGGGAAUCACUAGGCGGAGCGGGUUUAGCGGCCCAAUGAGACCCCCCAUGUUCAUCUUUACCGUUUUUAUCUCCGGAAAAAUCCCUCCUUUUUAACCCGCUAACGGUGAUCUGAUCGCACGGCGGAUGAAUUCCGGAAUUGAAAGAAGUUGAUGAGUUGCCAAAAAGAAUCGGAUGCAAAUCAUAUUCUUUUUUUAUUCUCAGAAGAUUCAUGUAUGAUUGGGUGCCUUUGAGUUGCAUCAGGUUACUCUUAUUAGGUUAAGCAUUUUAUCUUUUGGGCGAAAUCGGCGAUGUCGAGAAAAGCUCCAUCUUUGGUAAAGCUUUGCGCUGGAACGGUGAUUGCUAAUCUUGAGUACGUCGGAGAUGUGAGUGGAAUAGAUUUACAUCUUUUGAAGGAUAUUUUAUGUCACUGCACGGUUGAUCAGUUGACGCGCAUUGAAAAUUCAACCGAAGACGUAGAUCUUAGUCCUGUAACCAAUGAUUUAUGGAAACGUCUCUACGAGAAACAUUUUGGGGAGGAGAAUGUGAAGCUUGUCAUUAGGAGGAUGAAGGAAAAGCGCGUGGUUUUCAAGUGGAGGAAGCUUUAUGAGGCAAAGGCAAAGGAGAGGGAAGUAUUCAAAACUAAAUCAUUUGAGAGAAUAAAGCGACGAUAUGAAGAAGAACUUGCUAAGAAACAGAGCAAACAAAUUCGAAUCUGCUCAAAAAUUCCACCUUCAGGCAAUAAAAGAAGCUUUUCUUCAGUUAGCAGCUCAUGCAGCAAAGUCUCUCAUAUAAAAGGUAACCUUAUGAAGAAGGCGAGAUUGGAGUAUCUCAAAAGCAAAGAAGCCUGUAUACAUGCUACCAUGAGAAAAAAUAUGGAGCAAAGAAAGAGCCUUCCAGUUCAGAGUUUGCCUCAUUCAUCAAAGCCAAUCAGUUGUGCUGGCAAGACUUCAGCAUCAGCUCCAGCGCUGUCAAAAUCAUUUAGCAGUAGAAGAUGAUAUGUAAGCUUGGAGCUGAAAUCUGGUGCAGCUCAAGCAUCAGCUUCAUCCCUUCUGGUUGCUGCUAAGUUUACUCUAUAUUUUCUGUAUUUCAAAAUUUUCAAAAUUUGCUGUAAUGGAAGAUUUGCAUACAUACUACUCAAUUCUUAUGUAUUUACAUAUCUGACACCUAAACUUCAAUUUUCAUUAGGUAAAAUUGCCAGAUUAAUGAAACUUAUUGUAAUGCCUCAGAAUUUGGCCUUUUCGUGGCAAACUGAUGCAUUUGGGUUCGGGUUUAUUGUGAAUUUUGAUAUUCGAGUGAGAAUUUGACGAAUAGAUGAAAGAGGGUACUAAUUUUGUAAAUAGUAAUGUUU